UCAGUUUUUUUUUUUACCCAAAGUUUUUGUCUGCGUAAUGUAAAUUGUAAUGCGGAAUUAGGAAGGCCUGUGCCCACAAACGGAAGACCGGCAGCCGGAAACCGGCCCCUGGAACCCCCUGGAACCAACUGGAACCAGGAACACACGAUGAGCGAUGCGGCCUACCCGGGAUUCUACGGCAACCAGCUGCACUUGCUCCCGCUGUCGCAUCCGCACCCUCCCCACCAGCACCAGGAUCUGUCGCUCUCCACGCCGGUGCACUCCCUGGAGCAGGACUCCACCUUUGGGGGCUUCUUCGACGACGAGCUGGUCAUCGGAUCGGGAUCCUCAGCUGCCAAUGCCACCGCCUCCGGAACUUCGGUUUGGCUGCCCGAUGGCGCCAUCCGAUCCCCAGAAGCGGCGGCGGUGGACGCGCUGCCCAGUCUUGGCAUUCCCUUUGUCCAGAUCCAUACCACGGAUUUGCAGCAGCAGCCGGAGAAGAGCUACCGCAAUGCCUUUCGGCGGCGCACCGCGGAAAUCAAGUCGGAGGCGGAACUGAUCAAAUCAGAACUGGCGGAGGCGGCGGCCAAGGAGCGCCUGAAUGCCACGCCCACGCCACCCACUCGGAACUCCAGCUGCGCCAGUGUGGAGGGCAAGGCGAUGGUGCAGGACAACCCACCUCUAAUCCUGCGCUGCCCCAACUGCCCGUUCCUGAGCCUCUGCCAGGUGCGCCUCCAACAACAUCUUCACCUGGCCAACUGUUACAUGGAGCAGCAGAGGAGCCAGUGUCCAGGAUGCUCGAACAUCUUCUAUAGCAGCGAAUCCCUUACCAUGCACCUCAGCUUGGACCACCAAAUGGAGGAGAACGAGGCACUAGCUCUGGUGAGCGGAAAACCCAACGAAGCGCAGAGCAAAAAGCAGACACAGAUGCCACAGAACCAAAACAGACCCAAGAGUCGCAUCUUCAUAAAGAGCGUGGACUGCCUGCGGGAGCCACUGCCGGAUUUCCCGCCCCUAAUGCCGGAUAGCGGGUCGACGGGUAACAUCCUGGACCUGUUGGAGGGAGUGGCGGUGGGUGCAUCACCCAGUGAACAGACCAUGCCGCCAGCUCCUGCUGCCAGCGUACCCGCUCCGCCGCCAAAGCCCAGCCAGAAGAUCUCCAUCAAGAGCGUGGACGUGCUCAGGGAGCCCGCCUUGCUGCCAUUCGACUUCCAGCUGCAGAAUCAUCCGCUCAUUACGGACAACAGCCUCCUCGAUGUUCCAGUCGUGGGAGUGGAGCCGGAGAAACCGCGUCAGCCGAAGAUUUACAUCCGCAAUGUGGACAUCCUCAAGGAACCAAUGGUUCUGCCCUCCGCUCUACCCAGCAUGGGAUUCAACGGGAGCAUGCCUGCGGUAGUGGACCCCGAACAAAUUGGACUAGCUGUAGGAGCAGAUGGUGACGUUUUCCAGACAGAGGCACUGCUCACGCCGACUUGCCCGCUGCCUGGAUUCGAGCCCAGCCUCGCUCCGCUGGCCCAGAUGUGUUCCGACGUCUUUCCCUUCGAUUCUGUGCUGAAUGGCAAUGGAGGACCUGUCUCCAGCCUUGAAAACACACGCUUCAGUGCCUUGGACCUAGAUUUUGGCGUGGAUUUCGUAUCGGAUGAGACCCCGCCGCCUCCUCCACUACCGCCUCCUCUCAAUGAUCAACUGACGGCAAUGGAGCCACAACCUGUGCAGCUGGAGCACUACUUGCCUCCGACUGCUCCCAUUCCCACCAAACAAAAGAUCUUUAUUAAAAACGUGGACAUUUUGAAGGCACCGCAGAGGGGCACCUUGCACCUGCGAACCGUGGACGAACUAAACUUGAUGAAUCGCACUGAAGUGGAACACUUGAUCGUGCCCAAUCUGGAACCGAUGGCCAUGACCAUGAUGGAACUGCCGUCCGUGGAGCAGACACCUCUGGAGCUGGAUUCUCAGCUGGAAAGGCCACCGCAAACGCUGGGCGAGUUCCAACCCUCGAUCAGCGGGAGUUGGCCCAGCGAGGAUGGUUACGACCUGGCUGAGGAUCUCGAGUGCUGGCCCUGGAUGGAGGAGGCUGUGCCAGAAGCUGGACUCGGACUGCCUACUCCCUGUGAAUUGGGCGAGGCUCCGCCACUCGAGGGUUUGGAGCAAGCUGCAGAGGACCUGCUGGUCAAGGACUUUUCUCAGUCAUACGCCCCACCUACGGAGGACUCGCCAAGCGCAGGAGAAGCAGCAAGCGGAGGAGGGGCUGUACCACCUCUGGUGCCGGUAACAUCCUCUGGAGGGACAACAUCUGUGGCUCAAAGCGGACCCGUAUGUAGUUUGCCUGUUCCGCCGCUGGUUCCGUUGGCAGGCGAGUCGACAGCUGCAGCCGAAAAGCCUGCCCGCAUCUAUGUGGCAAAUAAUCUCCUUCCCACCGCCUUGGAUCCACCACUAUUGGGAGGCGGUACCUCCGUCAGGGGACGUCCCUAUGGAGCCAAACACUCUGGGGGAACGGCUGCCAAAAGGAAGCCUCCCCAGGGACCAAACCAAGUGCCAGAGGGCGGCAAGUGCCUCGUGGAGGGCUGCAUGUUCCGCUUCAAGUCGCCUGCCACCUUGGAGUACCACGGCAGGUGCCACAAUGGAGCCCUUAGCUCCACUCAACCGAUGGUGUGUCCGGAGUGCAAGUCCAGCAACUUCAGCAAUUGGAAUUGCCUGCACACUCACCUGUGGCGCACCCACCAAAUCGACAUGGAGCUGUACUCGUGUCAGUUGUGCAGCUUUAAGACGCCCAUCUACUCGCGCCUGGUGAACACCCACGCGAAGAUCCACUCGGAGGAGCGGAACUACAAGUGCGAGCAGUGCGGCAAAGGGUUCAAGAACACCAAGCAGCUGAAGAACCACCGUCGACUGCAUCGCACGCAAGGAUUGGGCAUGGGAAAACCGCUGAACGAACAGAUUUUCCCCGGUGCAGAAGCCAAUCCUGUUGUGAUGCAUCGCUGCGAGGAUUGCGGAGCUGCCUUCAAACAGAAAAAAACCCUGAGGGAGCACCUCUGCAAGGAGCGAAACGAACAGUUGGAGUGUCCCGAGUGCCAGCGCGUCUUUGGCUCCAAGAGCAGUCUGCGGCUCCACCUGCGAAGCCACCAGGAGCAGAAGCGCUUCCGCUGCGAUGCCUGCGACCAUGAGGCCAGCGACCACAACGCCUUCAGGCGGCACCUGGCCACGCACAAGGAGAGGAAGAGGUACUCCUGUCCACACUGCGACUUCCGGGCCAUCCAGAGCACUGCCUUUCGGAUACACCUCGAGAAGCGCCAUCCAGACCAGGAGCUGUCCACAAUUAUCUACAAGUGCGACCAGUGCAGCUUCACCAGCAUCAAUCAAGGUCUGCUGCAGGUUCACCAGGCCAAGCAUGAAGCCACAAAUCACAGUCAAGCAAUAGCUCCAGCUUCAGUUGCUGUCCAGGCGGCAAAUCAAUCACAGAUCAAGGUGGAGAGCAGCCUGGUGCUCGCACAUUCCAGUACAAACGUGGUGAAGGAGGUGAUCCUGGGUCAGGCGAAUGUCCUGCAGGCUACCUAGGGACGCGGUCCUCCCCUCUGUACAUAUUCUACGGAUUAGAUUGUGCGCGAACCAAGUGCCGCGUAGUUUGUAACGAGUUUUAUACCAAAUCUGUACCAAUGUUACUAGUGUUAAGGAUGCAGGAGAGAUCACUUCAAAGGAGAAAUUUGGUUUUUGUGCCAAAAUCCACUUUCUUUAGCCUUCUCUGAAGAAGUAUUUUGAUGGAUUUGAAAGUGGUAUACCAUUUAUCCUUUGCAGUGAUGUUCUAAACUUCGGAUUCCACCGAAGAUAUUUUCUAUGACUAUCGAUUUUCUGUUUUUGUACAAGUUUACUUAGAAAUGUAAGAAUCUGUUCUUGUACAUACGUAUGUAUAUAAAGGUUAAUUGGGAAAGGCUUUAUUAAAUAGAACUUCAGUUUGAUUCCCUAAGUGUAUAUAGCAAGCUCAGAACAGAAAUACAUUUACAAAUCUCAAACCCAA